UUGGUUCCGACACGGGUGGAUCAGUCUCAGUCGUUAUAUGGUUGUGAAUGACCUGCGCCUCGACAACGACAAGGAGAGGUGAGGUAGGCUCUCAAGCGGAGAGGCAGCUGCAAAUGGGCAGUCUGGAAACCGAACAGAUAUGUGGCACAAAUCAACUACCACCUGGGUCCGUGUUCAAGGCCAAAGCAAGCGGACGAGUGUCGCUGAUACCCAGCUCAACAGAGACGCACAGAAAUCCGCGCCAAGAUCUCGAGAUGCAGCGGCUACCUUCGGGGGUCGCCGACUUGCAGGCAAGGAGGGACCCAAAAAAAAAAGUUUUCUCUUUUACAACUCUCGAGAACUCAUGCAAACGACGUUUCAUUUGAGAAGCGGUGCGCACGGGCAUGAGGGGCGGCAAUGGCGUUUGCUGGCUGGCUGGUCAAGGCGUGAGUCCUGUCGACCGCUUUUGGGUAUCAAUAAAGCCGGCGUCCCUGACAAACGACAGCUCGUCCCGCCAUCCUCCACACUGAUUGUCUUUGACUUGAAUUUUCCCCUUCAACAGAGUCUCUUGAGAUUCUUGUCUGACUCUCUUGCGCUGACAAUGUUUGCUGGUGAAAUUACCUUCAUCAGGCCUCGCGCCGUCAAGAGCAAAAAGCUCCGAAGCACCACCGCCAUAGAGCUUCAGCCCUGGCGUGAAAUCGAGCGGACAUCACAAGACAAGGCUUUACCAAAAGGCGACCGGUUUCAUUCUGGUGCGAAGGGGGAUGAAGUGUCAGUGUCGAGCACGCAGCUGCAAUAGCCAUGGCUUCCUUGGACAAUUAUGAUCGGCCAGAGGCAUCAGGGGCUCCAGUCUUCUCUCCCCUGAGCUUCAUCCGACUUGGACACACUCCAUCUGAUACCUGAAAGAACGAUGGAGACCACGUCUCCAAUCUCUUGGCCCCGGGGAGGUUGAACACAGAGCAGGAGCCUCCCGCUCAAGGUUCAACCUUCCUGAAGACAAUAUCUCUGCCUGUUCU